AUUUUAAGAAGUAGUCUCAACCUUAAAGCCCUACUUGCUCUCCAGCACCAACAGCACUAUUUCAAAACAUGUUUAAACACAUAGAUUUACUUAUUGAGGUGUGGCUAUAAAGAAAUAGCACGCUUUUUAUGUAUGACUCAUAUAUCGCUUAUCCAUAUAAAUGUUCACAUACUUGGCAGGGAGAGCAGAUACUGACGGAUCGUGUCCCAGAUUCAGAAAAUGUCUGGUCUGUGAGAGCAGGGCCUUCUGUGUGUUUCUGUCCUCUGCUGCACCCUAGUAACGAUCAGUUUCUGGUUCUAGUAGGUGCCCAGUAAUGAGGCUGAAUGAAUGAUGUGACUACGUACACUUCCGCCAGGAAGAGCUUCAGUGAAGGAGAAAUACUUGGGUUUUCCUCACUGAAUUCCAUGUGUGCGCGCACACAUAUUUGUAUUCACACUGAGAAAAGAUGGGGGAAGCAGCGCACGAAGCAUUUGCAUUUUUAAGAAUUGAACUCCUCAUUGAAGUGCUUACAUUUCUGCUUAGAAGCAAUCCUCUGUAACAUGCAAACUUUGUAACGAUCGUACAAUCUCUUCUUCCCGCAGCACUGCUCCUUGAAGCAUUCCUGAAAGGCAGUAAGUGAGUGUCCUAGGAGAGAGCCCUGUUGUCCUCAGAGCACUUGGGCUCCAGCAGCCUCUGAAUGGCUGGAUAACCACAGGCAAAUCCGUCCACCUCUCUGGGCCUCUGUUUAGCUGUAAAAGGAGAAUAGUAACCGUGGAGGACAGUGCUGAGCUAAUAAUUACUGAGCUCUUUCUUUGUACCAGACGCUACGUUAGGAACCUUAUUUAAUCAUCCCAACAAGCCUAUGAGGCAGAUAAUAUUAUUGUUUUAUUUUGCAAAUGAGGAAGUUGAGUACAGAAGCUAAAUAACUUACUUCAGCGCACACAGCUUAAGUAAGCAGUAAAACAGGGAGUAGGCCCCAGUGUGGCUCUAGAACUCUUGCUCUUACAACUUCUCUCUGACCUACUCACGUAAACAGUUAUUCGAAGCCAAUGAGAUAAGGCAGGUGGCAGUGCCCUGUAUAACAUACUAUACGUAUACUGUUCUCUGUAAUAAUAUUCUAUUACAGGGAAACAGAGGCCGCACACAAGUACAGCAGCAAGUGGGCAGAGGGGUGAUAAACAGUCGCAGGACUGGUAGAGGAAGACGAUCAAGUUCAGAGGAGCUAACGUUAACUCCAAACUGUACUCUCUCCUUUAUAGAAGACAGUUAAGUAUAUCUUCUCAGGUAAAUAGUUCCUGAAUCACAUUUUAAGUGUUGUUUAGAUGAUUCGCUCUUUAAGGGCACUUGAUAUGUGAUCGGGGGGAAAGAGAAGUUAAUAUCUUUUCAGGAGAAAUACUUUAUAAUUGAAGACAAAAGAAAGCAUGCCCUUCCUUUCAGCACGAUGAAGUUAGAGCAAUACUUCAUCUGUUUAAAGGCAGUGACACUGUUUGGCUCUCCUUUGGUGGAGGUUCAGAUGAGAUAUUUCCAAUUUUUGCUUCCUGAAAUUGAUUAAUCACCCUCUGGUGCUUUUUGUACAUUAACUGCUUUUAACCCUGUUUCCCACAAGAGAAAACUCAUUCAAGAGGUGAUUCUUCUUUUCCUUUUUUGGUCUUACAAACACAGUAAGGUAUUUUCCUAUUUCGAAAGACACUUGGAAGAUGUAGGAACCACUUGCCGUGGGCUGCUCUUCCUUCAUUAAAAAGCAUCUGUUGAGUAUCUUCUGAUGGUGCUAAUCCCCUGUGUAUAGUGUAAGCUUCCCAGGGUGAUUUCAAGCUAUCAAGGUUUGGUGGUUCAGGCUGUGUCACCCUCAUCCCAGAUCCCCGUGUGAAUCCAGGUCCUGCCCUGCCGAGACCAGCUCGGCGACUCGAGGUGAGUGACGGGUGCCGCAAGCUUAUGAAGAAGACACAGACACAGACUGAAGAGAAAAGUGGGACCGGGGGGCUCAAGACCUCUCGGAUCAAGAGCCCCGCUGACUCAUCCCAGGCUGCUUUUAUUGAGUUCGUGGGCUAACAUUCUCAGGUUACACUCAUAAACAGUCAAAGGCCUCACAUGAUUGAGGCAAUUAUCUUUGUUUACUUCCUGGGUCUGAGUUGAGCAGGUGUGGAUUUGAGCUGGGGGUGGAGAGCAAAACAGCCCUGGGGGCAGGAGACCUCUCUCAGAUAUUGGGGGUCUGUGCCCCACCCGUGUUGGCCCCUCUGCGACUGUGCCUGUCUUAGGUUGUUCCUCCCUUGAGGAAUCUUACCCGUCUCUGGCUAACCAGUCAUCCUCCAGGGCCAAACACGGUGAUAUAAGGAAGGUUCUAUGCACCACCUCUGUUGGCCCCUCUGCGGCUGUGCCUGUCUUAGGUUGUUCCUCCUCUGAGGAAUCUUACCCGUCUUUGGCUAACCAGCCAUCCCUCAGGACCAAACAGGGUGAUAUUAGUCUCCACGCCCCGCACCCUCAGCUCCUCCACUGCUCAAGAAUCCCAUCGCUCGGCCCACAUCAAAAAGGUUCCCGAAUGUCUUCCCACACUGCCCUGUCUCCACGAUUUAUGUGAGCCCCGUGGUCCCUGGUUAGUUCAGGGUAUUUAUUUGCCAGCCACUGGGGAUACAAAGACUCUUAUAAGACAUGGUGCCCAGCCUCAAACAGCUCAGAGCCUAGUGAUUCCUUCACUGCUUCAUCUUCAGAAAGACAAAUGGGGCUGGAGGGCUGGAGACGUUCUCUGGGCAAAGCUGGGCAGGGCUUCCUCAAUACGAAGGUUCCCUAGUUAGUUAUGAGCUUGAGAAACUUGAAUGGUCCCAAAGGGAAGUCCCCCACAGUGAACACGUUUGACUGUUCAGCCUCUUGCAGUCUGGUGGUUUUCCUCAGGAGUGAAUGGAUGUACUUUCCAUAACGGGCACGUCGGAAAGCCUCAGCCCUAGAAGAGAGGGGUCUGGGUCAUCACGAGACUGAUUACCUUUGAAGGACCCAAGAGGCAACACAGGACUUUUUCUUUAUGGUGCUGCAACGUAGCUGAAGCUGGGCUAGAAGACUUUCUCAAAGACCAAGCUAUAACGAGAGGAAAAUAAACCCUGAGAGGGAACACAGGUCUAAAUGAUGUGACUUACAAGCUGUAGCUAACCCAUCAUUACUUCGGAGUUCAUUAGAGCUUCUCAUGCAGCUUCAGUCUGUGGUGCAUGGGGCUGCAGUGUCCACAGUGGCUUCAUUCUGGCCCCUUGGUUGGAAGACUGGGCUCAGCUGGGACGCUGGGACAGCUGAAACUCUCCCUCUUCACAUGGCCUCUCCAUAUGUUCCCUGUGUGUCUGGUGGUCUGCCUAAACCUACAAAUAUCACCUUCUUAUCUAUAAACAUGAAGAAUAUUCUACAAUGGAACCCACCACAGGGCCUACAAGGAGUGGAAGUUACUUAUACUGUGCAGUAUUUCAUCAGAUAUGGGCAAAAGAAAUGGCUGAAUAAAUCCGAAUGCAGAAAUAUCAGUAGGACCUACUGUGAUCUCUCUGCUGAAACUUCUGACUACGAACAUCAGUACUAUGCCAAAGUUAAGGCCAUUUGGGGAACAGAUUGUUCCAAAUGGGCAGAAACUGGACGAUUCUAUCCUUUUUUAGAAACACAAAUUGGCCCACCAGAUGUUGCUCUGACUACUGAUGAGAAAUCCAUUUCUAUUGUUCUGACGGCUCCAAAGAAGUGGAAGAAAAAUCCAGAAGAAAGCUCUAUAUCCAUGCAACAGAUAUACUCUAAUCUGAAGUAUAAUGUGUCCGUAUAUAAUACUAAAUCAAAUAGAACGUGGUCGCAGUGUGUGACAGACCACACGCUGGUGUUCAGCUGGCUCGAGCCAGACACUCUGUACUGCGUCCUCGUGAAGUCCUUCGUCCCAGGCCCUUCUCGCCACUCUCAGCCUUCUGAGAAGCAGUGUGUCAGUACUUUGAAAGCAGGACCUGGAAGGGAGUUACUGCCGUUCUCAGCACAUACCAGCUCAGCCGCCUCCCUACACACAUCCCCAAGCUCCAGACCUACCAGAAAGCCUGGCCAACUGUAUCAAACAUCAGCAUUGAAGGUUAAAAUCAUCUUCUGGUAUAUUUUGCCCAUAUCUAUUACUGUGUGUAUUUUUUCUGUGAUGGGCUACUCCAUGUACAGAUAUACCCACGUCAGCAAAGAGAAAUACCCAGCAAAUCUGAUUUUGAUUUAUGGAAAUGAAUUUGACAAAAGAUUCUUUGUACCUGCUGAAAAAAUUGUGAUUAACUUUAUCACCCUCAGUAUUUUGGAGGAUUCUAAAACUUCUCAAAAGGAUAUGAGUGUAAUGGAAAAAAGCAAUGAUGUAUCAGACCUGAAUGAGCCCAGUGAGGACCAGGAGCCCCACUGGGAGGAAAUGGAGGUGAAACACUUGGGGUAUGCUUCACACGUGGUGGACAUUGUAUGUGACUCUGAGAAAAGCAUCAAAGGGACUUCCUUAACCCAGCAAGAGCCACCCAGCCGAACAAUGCCCACAGAUAAAACAGUCAUCGAAUAUGAAUAUGAUGUAAGAACUAGUGUCAUUUCUUUGGGGCCUGGAGAUCAGGAGUUCAAUUUGCAGGAGGAGGUGUCCCUACAAGGAAAGUUAUUUGAUCAACAGACAACUUUAGCAGACUUGGGUCCACAAACACGGCUGUAUUCAUAUACUCCUCAGCUCAGAAACUUGGACCACCUGCCGCAGGGGCACGUGGACACAGAGGAGGAGCCAGAGGAAGAGCCAUCGAUCACACUGGUCGAUUGGGACCCUCAGACUGGCAGGCUGUGUCUACCUUCAUUAUCCAGCUUUGAACACAGCUCAGAGGGAUGUGGGCAUCCUGAGUCUGAGAGGCUCCGGGAGGAGGGUCUCUUGUCUAGACUCUACCAGGACCAGCCUCCAGACAAGGCACCGGAGAAAAAUGAAGCGUAUCUCAUGCAGUUUAUGGAGGAAUGGGGAUUAUAUGUACAAAUGGAAGACUAACUUUCAAACUUCCCUUAGCCAGACCUCUACGGUUACAGAACACGUGAGUACAAACAGAUAAGUGACCGAACAAUAAAGAACCUGAGACAGAUGUUUGCUCAGA